GGGUCCAGCCACCCAGUCGUCAGUCGAUCGUUUCGCUGAUACGUCGUGCGGCGUUCCGUUCGCGCUGCUCUCCUGCGUGUUAUAUUUAUUCGUUUUCUGUCGAUUUUUCUCUCCGCGUGUUUAUAGUAGUUGACGACCACAGUUGAUUUCUCGCCGUCGGACGCAAUAUUUUCGGCAUUUUUUUUUUUUCGAAUCGGUUAGAUAUAGGUACUGUCCAUUUUUUUUACCGAUUGAUCGCUGUUCGUUUCGAUCGCCAAAUACAUUUGCCACAAACACAAUACCAUAACUCAUACGUCGUUCGGAUCGCGCAAUCUCGCUCUGUGCCGAACAAUAUUAUUGCCCGGAGUGUUGUUUUUUUUUUUUUCAACCACGCACAAUAUUAUACGUAGUACUUACUUAAAUCGCGUACGCGAUCCAUUUAGAAAACAUCGACAGUAGAUUACUACAAUAUUAAUUCGUAUUAUUUAUUUAACAAUGAGGACCGGCACCGGAGCCGUCGUUUACGCGAUAUUAUUGCUGUGUUUUGGCGGCACAUUCGCCCAGUCCACAGUUUCCAAAGACAAGCCAUUGGUUUCGACCACCACCAGACGGCCAAUACCCCAUGUCGAAUGUACACUACGACAACACACUUGCGGCAAUGGGAAAUGCGUGCCACUAGCGUGGACAUGCGACGGUGAUGACGAUUGCGGCGACAACACUGACGAGCUGCCCGACAUGUGCAAAACAGGAAAGGCAAACGUCACGUGUUCGGAAAACGAAUUUCAAUGUAGAAACGGACACUGUAUAGCGCUCCACUGGCAAUGCGAUAACGAAUCAGAUUGCAAAGACGGUAGCGACGAAGACCCCAAAAUAUGCCAGAAACGAGUGUGCAACACGGAUGAGUUCACUUGCCGAAAGGCCAAAGGCGAAUGCAUCCCGCUGACAUGGAUGUGCGACGGCAAUCCCGACUGUUCGGAUGGCUCCGACGAAAAAGAGUGCAACGAAACAUGUAGAGACGAUGAGUUCACGUGCGGCAACGGAAAGUGUAUUCAAAAGAUUUGGGUGUGCGACAGAGACGACGACUGUCAAGACGGCACGGACGAGCUCAACUGUCCCAACAUCACAUGUUCCGAGUCCGAAUUCGCUUGCGUGAAAGACAACACUUGCAUAACGUUGAACUGGCGUUGCGACGGCGACUUCGACUGUACCGACCAGACUGACGAAAUCGGUUGCGCCGAAUCUACCAGAUCGUCGCAGUGCCGUUCUUCCGAGUUUGAGUGCGACGACCACAGCCACUGCGUCAUACAGUCGUGGGUAUGCGACGGCAGCGUAGACUGCGCCGACGGAUCCGACGAAGCGCCGCACCGGUGCCACAACACCACGUGUCGGUCCGACCAGUUCCGUUGUCGGGACAACACGUGCAUUCCCGGAUUCCUCCAUUGUUCCGGUACGCCCGACUGCGCCGACGGUAGCGACGAAGAAAACUGCAAAGAACCGGUGCACAAGUGCGACCCGUACACGGAGUUCGACUGCGGCACCGACGAGACGGGUGGCAUAUGCAUACCCAUGGAAAAGGUGUGCGACAAGAACAUGGACUGUCCCGGGUUCGAGGACGAGGAACAGGAGUCGUGCAACGUGAACGAGUGUCUGAUCAACAACGGAGGCUGUACGCAGAUCUGCGUCGAUUUGCCGCACACUUUCCGCUGCGCCUGCAAGCCCGGCUACAAGCUCAUCAGCAACAACACGUGUGACGAUGUAAAUGAAUGCGAGAUCGAAGGCAGCUGUUCGCAAAUAUGUAUUAACGAAAAGGGCACGUACAAAUGCGAAUGCGAACCGGGAUACCUGCGGGACCCUCAGGAUCACACCAGGUGCAAGGCGAUGGAAGGACACGCGUCACUCUUAUUUUCCAUGCAACACAACAUACGGAAGAUUUCGUUGGAUCAUCACGAGAUGUCCGCUAUCAUCAACAGCACGAAAUCGGCCACGGCCAUCGAUUUCGUAUUCCGCACCGGAAUGAUAUACUGGGGAGACGUAUCCGAAAAGAAAAUUUACAAAGCGCCGAUCGAUGAAGGCCGACAACGGACAAUUGUAGUGGAAAGCGGCUUGUCGUCGGCCGACGGUUUGGCUGUGGACUGGAUUUACGGACACAUUUAUUGGACGAACGCGGACAAGGACUCAAUCGAAUUGGCCAACUUCGAGGGCAACAUGCAAAAAACGCUUUUCAAAUCGGAACUGAAGGAACCCAGGUCGAUAGCCGUGGACCCACUCAACGGGUGGUUGUAUUGGAGUGACUGGGGCAGCAACGCGAAGAUCGAACGGGCCGGCAUGGACGGCACGCACCGCGAGGUGAUCGCCUCGUUCGACGUUAAAUGGCCGAACGGCAUCACCCUGGACCUGGUGUCCAAGCGGCUGUACUGGGUGGACGCCAAGCUCCACACCAUCUCGUCGUGCAACUUCGAUGGCAGCCAACGGCGUCUGGUCCUGUUCAGCCCCGUCUGGCUACCGCACCCGUUCAGCAUAUCCACGUUCGAGGACUCGCUGUACUGGUCCGAUUGGAACCAGAAGGCGAUAAUCAAGGCCAACAAGUUUAACGGUUCCAACAUCACCACGGUCACCGCCCUGCACAUGACUCAGAACCCGAUGGUGGUGCACGUUUACCACCCGUACAGGCAACCCGACGGCGUGAACUACUGCGCCGCCGUUAACGGCCACUGUUCCCAUCUGUGCCUGCCGGCACCGCAAAUCAACAGCAAGUCGCCGAAAAUCUCGUGCGCUUGUCCCAACGGCCUGAUGCUGAUGUCCGACGGUUUGAUGUGCGCCGAAGAAGCUAAGAACUCAACGGUUUUAGCGAAACACAACAAACACAGACAUUAUAAAAAAUUCAAUAUUACGCUAUUAAAUACGAACAGAACGAUGACGGAGAUAAACGUCAACGACCACAACGAACCUGAGGACAGUGGACUCAUAGCCGCCAUAAUAAUAUUCUCCGGUUCGCUAUUGAUCACUCUCGCAGCCCUGGGCGCUUUCCUGUUGUACCGGCACUACUUGCACCGCAACGUGACCAGCAUGAACUUCGACAACCCCAUCUACAGGAAAACAACCGAAGACCAGUUCACGCUGGAGAAGAGUCAGUACCAGCCGGCGAGGGUAUACCCCACGUCCGUCGGCGAGGAGUUCUUUAACGACAACUCGGCCGAAGAGCCGUUGACUCGUCCUGGCACCAACGAGUACGUCUAAAGCAUAGACCGUUUAUAGUUUCUCUGCACACAACACUAGUCAAUGAAAAAAUAAAAAUAAACAAAUUACAAAUCGCGUUGUUCACGACGGAGCGCAAUUUGUGCGCAGCACACGACGAAAUGUCUGGCGAGUUACCAAUUUCAUGCGCAAAUGCGCUCAAAUAGUGUUCAACUUACCGAACGACUUAAUAUAAUAUCUUCCCCGUGUUUUUUCUUUCUUUAUUAUUAUUUUUAUUAUUAUUAUUAAUUUCAUGUUGUAUAACUUUGUUCAGAGUCUUCCCAGUGUUUUUCGUAUACAUGUAAUAAUUUAAUUAUUCCUCACGCCAAUAUUUAAACGAAACAGUUCCUAUUGUAUAUUUUUUUUUUUAAGUUAUAUUAUUAAUGUUUGUGUAAAAAAGAAAAUAAUAAUAUUUUAUUUAAGCUCUGCGGUUUGCCUUUAACGACUGAGGUGUACGUGCCAAAAAUUAUGAAUUGAGUUGUUUUAAAUUAUUAUUGUUUGUUGCUCAAAAGUAGGAAUCCUUUGAUCUGCAUCAGUUCGCUCGUUGUUCAAUUAUUUUAAUCGGUAAAUUAUUGUCCCUUCUGGUUUGUUUGGAAAAGUAAUAUGAUAUAAUUAUUGUAAUUAUAAGGAAUUUACAAUAUAUGUAAAUAUAUAUAUUUAUUUUAGCGCCAUUACUGUUGAGUAGUCAAUUUAGCAGCUAAUUAUAUUUAAUUAUAUAUACUAUAGUUCCGUUAUAUAUAUUGAAGAUAUUUUGUAAGCUUAACGUCUUAUUAUAUAUCAAACAAAUCGUGUUUUUAAUUGGAUAUUAUAUAAAAUAUAAUUAAUUAUAUAUGUACAUAUAAAGGAACCAGUUAUAAGCUUAGCAGAUAGUGAUAAGCGUAUUGGAUUUGUUUCAUUCGAAAACUGUAUAUUGUUUUUUCGCUAAAAAAACGCACAUUCUUCUAACGAAUGUGUACACAAACACACACUCGCGUCUCGGUUUAAAAAUAUAUGUUAUGAAAACCAAUUACCAUUAAUUUGUCAUCAUGGUUGUAAAAAUAUGAUAAACAUUAUAUGUAUGUGUAACAUUUCGUUAGAUAAAUAUAGUUUUUAUUAUUUAA